UGUCCAAUAGAACUACCAAUUUAUUGGAAUUAUAUCAUUGAUUAAUACAGCAAGCCAAGGCAUUUUUUCUUUGGAAAAAAAAUAAUAAUGGCUGAUUUUUCUGUCCACUGGGUUUUUGCAUUUGGUGUGCUAGGAAACAUUGUUUCCUUUUUCGUUUUCCUUUCUCCACUGCCAACAUUUUAUAAGAUGUACAAAAACAAAUCAACAGAAGGCUAUCAAUCAAUUCCAUACGUUGUUGCCUUAUUCAGUGCAAUGCUUUGGAUUUACUAUGCAUUUCUCAAGACCAACACUACACUUCUCAUCACUAUUAACACUUUUGGAUGCUUUGUCGAAAUUAUAUACGUUGGCUUCUACCUUUUCUAUGCAUCAAAGGAAGCCAGGGUCCAAACUAUAAAGUUACUGCUUUUAUUAGUAGUUGGUGGCUUUGGAGCUAUUGUCCUAGUGAGCCAAUUUCUAUUUGAAGGAGCAGUUCGUGUACAAGUGGUUGGGUGGAUUUGCCUUGUUUGUUCCUUAUGUGUUUUUGUAGCACCUUUAUGCAUAGUGAAACAAGUAAUCAAAACAAAGAGCGUGGAAUACAUGCCAUUUCUCCUCUCUGUUUUCCUCACUCUAAGUGCAGUUAUGUGGUUCUUCUAUGGCCUUCUAUUAAAAGACUUCAACAUUGCUAUUCCAAAUGUAUUGGGAUUCAUAUUUGGCAUCCUCCAAAUGGUGCUCUAUGUGAUGUACUACAACAAGAAAGAGGAAGAGUUUGUAAAGGAGCAGAAUCUUCCAGAGCUAAAAAACCAUGUGAUAAUCUUACACAAUGACAAGAAAUUUCCAGAACUAAGUGAAGAGCAAAUUAUUGAAAUUGUGAAACUUGGUUCACUGAUUUCAUGUACACGAAAGUUUGAUUUGGCCUUAUGUCUGCAUGAAAAUAUAGCUGAAGAUCAUAAAAGGCUGCGGAAAACACUGGAAAUAUGAGA